AUGUCAGACCUUGAGAUCUCAGGCCCUGAGGAGAUUUCUAUCCAUUUCAAAAAAUACCAAGGCCAACUUUCUGAGAUUCUCAAAGCGUACUCUGCAAAUCAGGACGACGCGCUUUUGAGCGGCUUUCUCACGUUCGCACACUCUAAAUGUCUCAAGUUUGUUGAUGAAAUACUCACUUUAGCAGCUUACUCCAAGACGAGCGUAGAAGUUGCCCAGUUAAUUAUGGACUGCUGUUGGAGAAAUGUGCACUAUCCAAUUUUCAAGUGGUUUCAGCUGUGGCGGCAACAUUUAAUCUCCAUCAAAGUGGAUCAAAAGCCUCGAGUGGUGGAGCUCAGGAAAAUGAACUCAAAACUCACCAAGUUUUUCAAAAUCAUCCACAGAUUCUACUACUGUGUACUCGAAAGGCUUAACUCAGAGUGCGAUCUUGGCGAUGUGAUACCGAAACGGCUGCUUGCACAACUGAAUCUUCAACCAAAUCCGCAAAUAUCAAACCGCGAAACUCUACAGAAUGACGAUGGUAAAGCAGUUUCGGUUAUGUUUUUGAUCCACGGAUCUCUCUUAAAUCUAGGUUCAUCUCAUCGAUACAAGACUAUGUGCGAAAGAACCCACAACGGUCCGCAGGAUCUUUCGCAUUUCAAAAAAUCCAUGAGGUACUUCAAUUUAGCCACUAUGGUUUUACCUUCUGUGGGUGAGCUAUACUUGCAAGAAGGUUUGGUUUACGUUCACGUCAAGAGCUUUGGAUCCUCUACGUAUUCGUUUGCCAGGAGUGCUUUAGCACGUCUCCCUAGUAGCGGGGGUUUUACAAAUUUUGUGAGCUCCGUCUGUGACCGUGACAGCAAAAUAUUUAACCAACUUGUCGAGGCGUUUCACAACGUUCAUAAACAAGCAGCACAAGGUAAGAUUGUCAAUCGAGAAGUAAUUGAAAUUUACUUUCUAGUUUCGUUCGGAGCGAAAUUCGCCCCAGAUUUAUGGAUUGGUAACGAUCGUAAGAGUCUUAUUAGUGAAGUCAUGCUUUCCCACGUUGAACAAGAAGUUAUGCACAAAACGGCUACAAAAUAUGCGAAAAAUCUGCAGUUGAUUUUUCAUAACCUAAUUCUAAUAAUAGGCGGUUUUGACAUAUUGAGAACGCUUAAUCGUAAGAGCUCAGAUCAGUCAAAGGCUCAAUCUGUGGAGACCAACUACCUUGAGUUUUCCAUGAAGUAUAUCAGCAACUUCAUCAACAAUGUUGUUGUGAGAGAAUUGUCUGACGAAAAUGAAUGGGUAUACCUGGCGUUUGUACGUGUAACCGAAUGUUGGCUGAUGGCCAAUAAAAGUGUUCUACACUUUGCUCAUCGCAACGCCAACUUUUGUGAGGCCAUGAUGCAUUUGAUGAAUUCGGUUUUGGAUAAUACCAAAUUCGCUGCACACACGACUGAUUUAAGUCACAGACCGCAUAGACCAUAUUAUUUUGAUGAAGAUGUUCUUUUGCGAGAUUUCAAGCCUCUCAAAUAUUCGUUAUCUGAUUUUAAAGACACCGAACUGUUUAGUUCCAAAAACUCUUCGGAGGCAUUUCUUGGAAUGGUUGACAAAAAGUUGUCAAAAAAAGAAGAACAUGCCCUCAGACUUGAAGCUAUUGCUGUCUCUGGGAAGAAAUUCUUAUCUAAAAACUCGUGUGGUAUUCAAUUUGUUGACAACAAAUUUGUCAUAUCAGCUGUGAAGACAAAGGCCGGACAAAAAUGGGACCCCAGGUUCAGCAAACUUUCACAAUCAGCGAGUAGUUCAGCUCUGUCGAUGCGUGAUAUAGAAGCCCGAUUACAAGAUAAAGUUGGGCCUACUACUUGGGGUUACAGUGGAUCCUCUGUACCUCUUGCCCCAACUACUUUGGAAGUAAGACCUAGCUUUGAGCUCACGCAACGUCGCGAGGCUGAAGCUUCAAGCUCGCCUAAUGAUAGCCAAUCAAAAACAGUGGAUAUAAUGUUUAGCAGGCCUCCAGCUUCCGAGGCACAAACUGACUCUCCUGUUUCAUCCAGCAUUGUUUCAUUAAGAGAUUCAAGCCCCGUUUCAAAUACAAAUUCGAACUGCAUCCCUCCUCGUGGCAUUCCCGUUGGUCCCCCUCCUGGUAUGCAUCCUCGCGAUGCUCCGAUGAGCCGUCCUUCGACAGCUCAAGGAAGUCCAGCAUAUUUAUCUCCUAUGCACAAUCUGCCACCAAUGUACUUCAACGAAUCUGCACAAUCCUCAAAUUCUCUACCACUCAACCUUCCCCAAGAAAUGCGUCAAACAUUUGAAGUACCUUACUAUCCUCAAAUGCAACAUCAAAUGAUGAACUCAUCCUACAUGCAAUUUAUGCCACACACCUACCAACCGAUGGCCUACAGCGCCAUGCCCCCACAAGGACAUAGUGCUCAUUUGAGGCAGCCCACGCAGUUCGUGCAGCAGUCGGGUGAUUCUCAGAACCAACCUUUUUCAGGAAAUUACGCUUACUCACAAUAUUGA